AUGCCCAGAACGGAGACUCCUCGACAUCCUCCAAGCCACCAUCGUCAACGAGAGAUCCCCCAUCCCCGGAUCCAUCGCCAGCCCCACCCCCACCGACCGGCCCCUACCCCCAACCCAAUAAUAUCCCGGUUCCAAGCCAUCCCCAACUUCUCCCUCAGCGACCUAGGCCUGGACCUGGACCCAGACGAAGACGACGACGACGACGACGAUGACGACGAUGACGCACCCCCAACCCCCAAGUCUCGUCAGCCACCUCGAACGCCUCCCUCCCGAACUAACCCAAAUGAUCGCCAACUUCCUGCCCCCGCCAGCCGAACCUCCCUCGCCCUCACCAGCCGCUCCAUGCUCUCCAGGAUCGGCAUCCCCUCGACCGCGGCCACUGGUGGGAGCGCCUCGAGCUCCUCGAAGCCCUCGAGCGCGACGGCGAUCUGCCCCGCCACAUCCUGUGCUGGUCCUGCACCAUCUUCCACCUGCCCCGCCUCCCCCGAUCCUGGAUGCGCGAGCGCAGCGUCAGCUGCCCCCGGUGAACCCCUGGGACCAGGCCUUGCCGUGCUCGUGGGUCGGCCGCAGUUUCCCCUUACCCUUGACGUUCAGCACCAUUUCCGCCCUCAGCCGUUCUGCCCGCCACGGCUGGAGCGUGUACCCGCCAAGCAUCCUCACCGGGAGAUCCAGUUCACUCUCACGCACAAGCUCGUGGCCGAGUUUCGCUGCUUCCAAACGGCCAGGAUCACGGACAGGGGUCGCGUGAUGGUCAGGACGGAGAGGCGAAUCCUCGCUCGCCGAGACGCCAAUGGCCACGUGGACGAUGCGUUCGGGUCCAUCGAGAUGGUGGAGGAGUUGUUCGGCAACCACGACGACCUCUUGAGCAUCUGCCUCCAUAAGAGGUGGUAUGAUCAUUACAAAGCUAGGCCCCUGAAUAGCUUUCAAGUGGCAAAGCAGCGGGCGCUGGCUCACGCGGAUUGCGUUCCGUCUAACGGCCUGACGCCCACCAUGGCGAUUUGCCAAUUAGCCCACGAUGUAUUUGACAAUUACGAGGCCUGCACAUUGUGCUUCACGGAUUCGGAGGUGCGCGCCGAAGAGCCUCUCCCCGGCUGCCUUGCGCCGCCAGUCGUGACGCUGACGACGUGGCAUGAUCUUGGCGCGGGUCAGGAGUGUAAUGACCUUGAGUGGGGAACGUACAAGGAGGCCCUAGGGAAUAACUCAGUGGAAGUGCGUGAUUCUUUGAUGCAGGCUCAAUUGUUCAACUAUUCGAAUCAGCAAAAUUUAGAUGAGAGGUCUGCGUACAACGCUGCUACGAAACCCACCUGA